AUGCUUAAGGGUAUCAUAAAGGCAGCCAAACGCUCCUAUUACUGUAACGAAAUCUAUAAAAACAUUGAAAGCAGUAAGAAAACGUGGCAGAUAAUAAAUGAGCUUAGGGGCAAAAGAAAGAAAACAACCAAACCACCUUUCAUCAUCAAUAACGAAAGAAUCUUGAACCGGAGAGCAAUUGCCAAUGGUUUUAAUUCCUGGUUCGUAUCAAUUGCUCCCAAGCUCAAUGAAACUAUCACAACUGACUUGUCUUCUGGUAUUCCAAUUCUCCCCAUGAAAACAUUCCAUGACUUCCUUAGCCCUAGUAACUCUCGAUCUAUUAUGUUAGAGGACAGCACUCCUGAGGAGGUUCUAAGAGUAAUCAAAGAAUUCGAGAAUGGAAAGGCCAGUGAUAUUCCCAUAACCGUUAUUAAAACUUCGUCCCACGUUAUUGCACCAAUUAUCAGCAGACACUUAAACAAGCUUAUGUCAAAUGGUACAUUCCCUGAUAUACUUAAGACUGGCAGAAUCACACCCGUCUUCAAAAAAGGCAAUCGCACUCAACCUCCCAUGCAGUAA